AUGACACCUGAAGCCAAAAGGAAGAAGAAUCAAAAAAAGAAACUUAGACAGAAACAGAAGAAGGCUGCUGAGAAGGCUACUGAUUUACCCGCUACUGAUCAAUCAGUAAAUAUUUCUGGUGCUGAAGAUGCAUUAACAAGUAAUAGUAACGUAAGCACACCAGAUUAUACUUCAAAUUUCGAGAUUUCAGUUACUUCUACACAAGAAGUCAACGUGGACUCUCAACUAUCACAAAAUCAAAAUUCAGAUAAUUUCAUAAAUGAACAGAAGGAAAACGACCCUCAAUCCGAAACUGUUUUCGAUAGUCAUGAAGACAUUGAAUCUGAAAUGAAGGAUAAUUAUCAUAAUGACAUUAAGAACACUACUGAGGCUAUCACCUUUGACACUGCACAAAAUAUUAUUGGGGGUAGUAUUGACAGUUCUAAUACUGUCAAAAGUGAGGACAAAAUUAAUGAAUCUUCAUCAAAAAUAUCAGAUCCUGAUUGUCAAGAGGAUAUCUUAAAGCUUGAAUUGGAAGGUCAGCCACUAGAGUCCUCAUGUAAUGAUGAUAAAGAAUCUGUAGUUGAAGGGAAUAAUGAAAAUGAUAAUAAUGAUGACCUUGUAAAUGAUCAUCCGACAGCGGAAGACGGGUCUGAUUUUUUCGAUAAUCUUGCUUCCAAUAAUACAGAAGUAGAGCUAUCAAGUACUCAGAAUAGUAAUCUUUUAACUGAAAAUAGACUGGAGUCAGAAGAAUUUGGAAAGCCGGAAAAGUUAGAUUACCCAAAAGAACUAAGUUACUCGGAAGAGGUAGACCUUGUGGAAGAGGUGGACCAUGUGGAAGAGGUGGACCAUGUGGAAGAGGUAGACCAUUCAGAAGAGGAAGACCUUGUGGAAGAGGUGGACCAUGUGGAAGAGGUGGACCAUUCAGAAGAGGUGGACCAUUCAGAAGAGGUGGACCAUGUGGAAGAGGUGGACCAUUCAGAAGAGUUGCUAACUAGUUCAGUUAGUACUCAAACAGGAAUGGCUGAAAAUACUAUUCGACAUGUUGACGAGAGCAAUCUAGGCCAGCAGAAGAUGGAAGAGAGGAACAUUAACAGUGACACCCAUAAGGAUGCCACUGCUAGAGUGUCUGAUUUCCAUGCAAAUGACGAAUUCGAAACAGGACCGGCAGCACAAAUUAAUUCUCUUAUUGAAAUGAACGAUGACGAACAGUCAGUCAAUGAUUUACAGGAUGAAUCAUCGCUAUUACAAGAAGAAACUACAUUUUCUCAGAUACCAAAAAACGAAGUCAACACUGAGAACCAAGAAAAUAUUGGAUCAGAAUCAGUUUCUAAAAUUAAUGUUGCAAAUGAAAAUUCAAUGGAAUCCGCGAUAGAAGACUUAUUUCCUUCUAUGCAUAACACUAAUGAGCAGAAUCCUUGGGAAUUACCUCAACAAGGGGAAAAUGUUGUUGAGAAUGAAGUAAGUCAUGAAGAAAAUCAAAGAAUUACCGAAACCACGAAAGACGAUAGCGAUAAUAUUGAUAGAAUUUUAUGUGAUAGAGAGGAUAAAAAGGAAGACAGCUUCGAUGAUCUAUUUGGAAAUAAUGAAGUUGGUGACGACGUUCCUUGGUUACAAGAGUCUAUGAAAAGUGAGGAGGGAGAAAAACAUCAUCAAUCUUCAACGGCAAAAGAGGAAAGUCCAGCAAAUGUUAGGACUAGUGACAAUACUGCUUCUCAAGAUAAUGAUACACUGCCAAGUGAGUCCGUUAAGUCAAACCAACAACAAAAUGUAGAAUCUUCAAGUGAUAGACAACAAACUUCUGCCGAUACUGUUAAAAAAUUCUCAUUCUUAGAAGAGGAUGAUGACUUAUUAGAUGAUGAUGAUAGCUUCCUAGAAUCAGAAGAGGAGAUAGAGGAGCUGGAAUCAAAUGAAACUGUCCAAAUAAACGAACUAACGCAAGAAAUGUCUACUUCAGCGGAAUCAAAGAAAUUGAACCAUAAUCCCUACCGACCCUCCAGCCAUUCCAGUAUCAACACACAAAUGGAUCCAAAGUACAAUAAUUACCAGACAGUACCCAAUUCAUCGACAGCACCCACCGGAAUUGUUAGGCCUCAACAAAUUACAACCUUCCUUCCAACUAACAAUGCCCAAACUAAUACGCCAGGUACUAUUCUCAGUCCAAUUCAAACCACUAAUGAAAAGGUAAAGAAACUGACAGAAGAGAAGAAGAAGUCUGAUGCAUAUGACUUUCCAAUUAACUUGGUUUCCUCUACUGUUAAGAAAGGUCAUGCGAAGCCAGUUGGAGUAUUUACAAAUCAGUUCAGUCGUAAUGGUAGCACGCCAACGACACCAAAGAUUAAUCCACAUAGCAGAAACUCAUCGGUGAACCCUGCCCAAAUAAUCCCAAAGAAUCCUUAUGCCAGCAUACAACAACCUAAUCCCGUAAUAGCGCCAACGACAAAUAUGAUCAAUAACCCGAUUAAUAUGAUGCCGACAGCUCGAAUGAGAGGAAAUAGUGCCGUUUCUACUACUAGUGGUAAAUCAGUAGGUACAUCAGUAGCUACUAAACAAAAUCCAUAUUCACCACAGAUUACAAAGUCUCCAAGAGCAUCAAUAUCUCAACCAGCCGGAAUACCAAAUAACAGUAAAUAUGGCCCUAUUUCACCAAGUACUUCUCAAUUCAAUUCUCUGGGACAAGUUCUGGAUUCUGGACUUGUGCACUCAUCAACAACACCAAUGGGUUCAACAUUAUCACCAAUCAGUACUAAACUUAAUGCUAAUAAUCAACCUAGCCCACAAUCGAAACAAUAUCCCGGUAAUAGUAGUUAUUUACCCUCCCAAAAUGACUCAAGAAGUAAAUAUGCGCCAGCAUUUUCAACAGGACAAUAUGCUGGCUAUUCAUCACAUAGCAAGCCUGCUGUGAACCAACCAGCGUUACCCUUCCCAAGAAAACAAUCCGAAAGUGCUGGUGAUGCAAAUCCACCUAUCAAUACCGUCUUACCUCCUGGGAUAAGAAAAACUAAUGUUUUGUUAGAGUCGCAACAAAACUUGAGACAAAAUGCUAACUAUCCUACUUAUGCCGAGCAUUCUCAUGAGCAAACGAACUCAUACAAUGUACAUGGAGCUUCAAAUAAGAAAAUUGUCAAUAACAAUGCACUGUUAGUUAAACAAUUUCCAAUCUUCAACUGGGGAAGCAAUAACAAGGUAAUUUAUGGUAUUCCAUUGGGACAAAACGACAGUGUGAUGAUGCCAACUAACUCACCACUUCAAAAUCUAAGAAUGAUUGGAGCCGAAAUCUUAAUAAAGCCGACUCAACUGAUCAAGUCAUUUCCUGGUCCACUUUGUGGUAGUAAAGUAAAAAAAUCUGACGUCGAACAAUGGUUACUUACUGCAUCUAAAGAUGCAGAUGUUGACGAAGAGGCAGCCUUACUAUUAUCGCUUCUGAAACUAAAACUAUCAACAACCUCGACAUUCAAGGAUAUGGCCACAUUACUAUAUGAUACUGCUACUCUCCAUGAGUACCUUGCACAACCACUAACAUCGUUGAAUCAAGCUCCAAAUGCUUUUUCUUUGGACCCAGAAUCUCAAUUCCGAGUCCUAUCAUUUCUACAAGUCGGUGCUCAUGAUGAUGCAUUAAGAUUUUCUUUGGAGAAGAAGGACUAUUCAAUAUCUUUAUUAAUAGGUAGUCUAUUAGGAAAGGAUAAGUGGUGUGAAGUUGUCCAAAGAUAUUUAUCCGAACAAUUUACCGCCAUAGCCAAUAAUUCCAAUCUUUGGGCACAUUUACUGCCAUUAAUCUUUCAAGUCUUUGUCGGAAGCUCCAAAACAGCAGUCAGCAGAUUUUACAAGAACCAGGAGGAAGCUAAUUGGGCUGCUGAGAAUUGGAGAGGUAUCGUAGCUGCAGUUUUAAUAAACAUUACAGAUCAUAGCCAACCAAAGCAGACAGCCUCAAUUCAAACACCGCCUGCGGUUGUAACCGAGUUUUUGAUCGAAUUCGGUAUAUUCUUAAAAAAGCUAGGUAUGAAUUUACCGGCAUCUAUUCUGUUUGUAAUAGCAAAUGUACCAUUGAGCAAUGUGCCAAUUUUACCAGAUUCUGAUGUCCAUUUUAGGUCGAUUGGAUCAACCAAUAAUGUACUUGGUGCCAUUCUUUCAGAAACAUAUGAAUACACAAUCAGUCAAGAUCUCAAGUUCAAAGGUUACCCAGCUACUUUACCAUUGAAGCUAUUCCAUGCUUACUGCCUACAGGAAGAAGGGUUAACUAGCUUAGCUUAUAAAUAUGUUGACUAUUUAUCAUCAGCAACAAAAUCUAUGACCAAAAAGGAUGCAGAAUCACUAAAUUUAUCUCACCACUUAUCCAUUUUAACUAAUAGAUUAGCAGGAUCAAGUAGUAGCUGGCUUGGCAAACCCAAGUUAAGUAGUGUUUGGGGCCAAAUUGACAAGUCUUUUAACAAGUAUAUUGGUGGUGAUGACGAUCUUCCGAAACCCGCUACUGAGAAAAAAGUUUUUGAUAGUUAUACGCCAUCAUCAUCUACCAACUCUUCUAUGAUUGAUUUGUCUCAUUCUGUAUCAAAUUUUAUGCCAGCUCAAAUAAAUCAGCUCUCUCGCAAUAAUCUAAACUCUGAAAAUAAGAUGUCCACUGUUCCUGAUCUAACGGCUUUUGGCGAAAAAAAUGCCUUUGAACCUCCCACUAACACUUGGACCGGCAUGAGUCUGCAGGGCUCGCCACAAAGAGCAGUAUCUAAUAUGAAGCCCCCACUAUCUAAUAGACCGAACCUUAGAAGAAUAAAGACCGAAUUACCUUCCGGUGAAGAUGAAUUAUUGUCAAUGACUGUGAAACAAGGCAAGAAGUCAUACGCACCUGACAAUUUGAACCGCGCAUCUAACUCCUCCAAUGAAACUUUGAAAUCAAGUCAAUCAGCUAACAAUUCUGUACCAUAUCACCAGUCGACACCUAAUCUUAUCGGAAUGCAAUCGGUUGAACAAAAGAAGUCUUAUUAUCCUUCAAACCAACGUGCAAUGCGGAAAUCAGCAAUGCCUACUCAACCUGAAAACCUAGAAAUUUCCAGGAAUGCGAGGUCUUAUGAACCUCACACAAAAACAAAAAAGGUAUACAAACCAAAUCAAACAUUGGAAGAAGAACCACCAAUUCAGUCCUAUAACGAUGAUGUCGUUUCCCAAAAUCAAUUUGAAGAAGCACCUAACUUACAAAACGAUCAAGAAAAGAUUCUACAACCAACAGCUUCACCUGAAGGUUUAUCACAGACAAGAAUUUCUAAUUAUUCCCCUGAGAGACCCCCCUUACCUGUGUACUCAGAAGACAGUAAGAACAUGGAUCCAAAAAACAUAUCUGAUUUAGUUAAGGAACAACAGAUUACAGAUAAAUCAUUAGAACAUGAGCUCGAACAAUUACCAACUGAAAACGAUGCCGAUUAUAAGAUAUCGAACGCUAAUGAGGACAAUGCAAUUAAUGAGGAAGAACGGGAGAUUGGUAAUGGUGAAGUGGAACUAAAUGUAGACCAAAGCCAAUCUCAUCUAAGUGCUAGUAUUCCGCAAACACAAAAUGAUCGUGAAUCAACUACCGUAUCAAUUUCUCCUGGCUUAGGUCUGGAAAUGGAUGUAGAUAAAGAGGACUCCAAUGCACCAGCACCCAAGUUGUUUUCUGAAAAACCUAACCCUAGCCCAUAUGCCCCACCAACAGUUGGUAAGAAAGGGACAAAGAAAACAUCAUAUAUGCCGAAAGGAAAAACUGAGAGUUUCAUCGCUGAGCCUGAGAUUAGCUCUUAUGAAAGUUCACCAUUAGACAUGUAUGCAUAUUCAGGUUACAGGCCACAGGAGAAAGAAAAAUCCACAAGUUCGAUUGUUGAGGAAUCUUCGCAAAUUUCUAACGAAGAUGCACCCGAUAAGUCCUCUAUUGCAGCACGGCAAGCUGUAGAGCUAAAGCAGGAUGAGGUAUCCAAAAAACCAAUUACAACGAAGCUGUCUACUCCAAAGUCCUUGCCAAUACCACCUUCUCCUUUUGCCAACCCAUUGGCUAAUAACAAUACAACAGGUGUUCUUCCUACCGAGAAUUUCGAACCUGUAAUUAAAGUUUCACGUAACACUACUGCUCGGGCAUUCACACCCGUCCCACCUGCAUCAGAUCAAUAUGAUGAUGUGGUAGAAGAGGACUCUGAUGACUCUGAUGACUCCGAGGAUGAUUCCCCUAUGCAAAGCAACAACUCAAAUAAUGGAAACUCAGAAAGAAAUGAAAAUAAACAAAACGAUAAUUAUUCAGAUGAUGAGAUGCCAACUAAGAAGAAAAGCCACGAUAACAAUGAUGCAGGAUCAGGCUGGUUUGGUUGGUUAAAAAAGGAUACGAAUGAAAAGAAAGCUGUGAAAGCCAAACUAGGAAACCAAAAUUCAUUUUAUUAUGAUGAGCAGUUGAAGAGAUGGGUUAACAAGAAUGCCAGCGAGGAGGAUAAGCAACAGCUUGCUACACCAGCUCCACCUCCUCCCAUUGUCAAAAGAAAAGACACAGAACCUAAGACCAAACCCAGAUCAAUCUCCGGGGUAACUCCUCAUUUAGAUACUGGUAUUGGCUCAUCCAUACCACCUAUUAGUGGCAACGCACCUCCAAAACCAAAGAGUGGCCCAUCAUUGGCAGCAAAAACCAAUGGAUUAGAUGAUUUACUAAAUUUAACAGCGGCUGCACCAGCAACUUCUACUAGACGCAAAAAAAAAGGAGGCCGCGGCUACGUUAAUGUCAUGGAAAAUUUAUAA